AUGAGGAAAAUAGUUAUAGAAACACCCAUAACUGAAUUCCUUGACGAAAGACUCCUCUUCUACCAAAUUAAAGUAUAUAGGGAUGAUGAGUUUGAAAAUGUUAGUUCCAUCGAUUCGAAAAGAUUCGGGAAGGCUAAAAGCGCCGUGGUUAAAGAAGGAGGAAAUUCUGUAAUCUUGAAACGGAUUGACAUCGAAAAUAUUGAUAUUCGCAAUUACGUUCAAGAGAUUAAAUUAAUAAAGGAAGCUGGUUCGAAUAACUCCGUAUUAGAAUUUUAUGGAGUUCUUAAAGAUAGAUUUGAGGAUGAUUAUCAUCUCGUAUUUGAAUCUGUCGAUUGUAGGACUCUUGGUCAAUAUUUGCAAUUCAAUGAAUUGGAUUGGAAGCAAAAGGUUAAGAUUGCUUAUGAAAUUGCGAAUGCUUUAAAAUUCUUACACGAAAGGAACAUCAUCCAUAAAAAUUUGACGACGGGUAAUAUAUUAUAUGAUAAUGUAAAUGAAACCAUUAAAUUGAUCAAUUACAGUAUAUUCGAACGGAAUUCGGCUCCUAAAAAAAACAACUUUAUAAAUAAAUUGCGUUUUUGGAAACGUGAUAGUGAAUCAUGUCGGUAUCCCAAAGAGUAUGAUAUUUAUUGUUUAGGAAGCAUUUUAUUUCAACUUACGCAAAACGUCAAAAGUACAUUUGAUGGGGAUUGGGAAAAGUACUUGAAAUAUUAUCCACCGGAAAAUGUACAGGAUAAGUACAAGCAAAUCUGUAAAGAUUGUUGCCGUAAGGUGUCGAAUGAUCGACCAAAUAUACAAGAAGUUGUUAAAAAUUUAUAUGAUGCUUUACAAAGUGUAAAUAACGUGUCAAGUUCACAGAGAAUGCAAAGUACACUUAGCGUACAUAGUAUACAUCGUUCUAAUACGACGAGAAAUAAACCUAGCUUCAUCGGUUCUAUUAGAAAGAAAAAUAAAUCCUCGUUAAAUCACAAAGGUCCUUCACAUCAGGAAACUCAAAAUAUUAAUGUACCACCCUCAAAAAAAUCAGAUGCCAUUCCUCAACCAAUCUCAUACCUUACACCUGAACCCGAUAUCGUCAUUCCCCAAUCGACCUCUUAUACAUAUACUUCACCUCAUAAUCCGAUUAAACCACCACCUACAUAUCCAAGAAACUUACCAGCUAUUUCAUCUCCUUUAAUAACUCAAGAUUUCAUUACUGAAAUGUAUAAUGAAUUUUAUGAUAAAGUAGCCAAUUGUAAGAUGGAACUUUCCAACCUAAAUGAUGCUUACAUAUUAGAUUAUAUAAACAAAGCAGGUCAGAGUGAAAGUAAAAUAUUAGAAUAUAUUGAUGCAAAACAAUCCUUUACGAUCAACAAGGUACUAUUAGCGUUAUUUCAUCAACUCGGAAUUGGAACUCCUGUAAAUUCACGAAAAGCAUUUGAAUUGUAUAAAGAAGCGUCAUCAAAGGACACGUUUGCGGCUUAUGUGGCAGGUGAAUGUUCUCUUUGUGGUGAAGGAAUCUCCAAAAACAUGACGGAAGCUUAUAAAUUUUAUGAGAAAUCUGCCCAAGCAGCCAUGGAAGGAUGUCAUUUUAGUCAAGUUCAGUUAGGACAAGCGUAUGAAUUGGGUUCGGAUAUUGAAAAGAAUGAUCGCGAAGCUUUUAAAUGGUUUCGAAUGGCCUCCGAUCAAAAUUAUGACAUGGGUCACUACCACCUUGGACGAUGCUAUGACUUUGGUAUUGGAACUGGUAUAGAUUGGAACAAAGCAUUGGAAUUUUAUCAAAAAGCUUCUGUUAAUGGAAAUACUUUGGCCAUUUCAGCUAUUAGAGAUAUUCAAUCCAAAAUGCAACGAACCGACCUAUUUUAUUGGUAA